AAACUGAAACCCUAACCCUAACGACACUCGACGCAGUUCAUACUCAUCCCACCACAUACAAGCAUAAGAAGCACCACCACAGUACGAAGUCAUCUAGUGUGGAUCGAUAUCGCAAGUGGAUGUUCUCUGAUCGUGAUUUUUCCAAUCAUAAAGAUAAGGUUAUAUUUGUAUCGUACAAUAUACUAGGUGUUGAAAAUGCAUCAAAGCAUCCAGACUUGUACUCUAAUGUUCCACCCAAAUUUUUGGAUUGGGACCGCCGGAAAAUGCUUUUAUGUAAGGAGAUCAGUCAGUACAAUGCAAGCAUUUUGUGUUUUCAGGAGGUUGACCGUUUCAAUGAUUUAGAUAAUCUUCUCCAAAAAGAUGGCUUCAAAGGGAUUUACCAGGCUCGAACGGGUGAAGCAUGUGAUGGGUGUGCUAUAUUCUGGAAAAGUGAGCUAUUUACCAUUUUGCAUCAAGAGAAUAUGGAGUUCCAGAGUUUUGGUCUUCGUAACAAUGUUGCUCAAUUUUGUGUUUUGAAGAUGAACCAAGACCGGUCAAAUUCCUGUGGAGAUACUCAAACAGCACGUGGAGAAGUUUUCAUACAUCUUGACAAGGCCCUUCCGUCUCGAAGUUUAUUGGUUGGAAAUAUUCAUGUGCUCUUCAACCCAAAUCGUGGAGAUAUUAAGCUGGGCCAGAUUCGACUGUUUCUUAAGAAGGCCCAUAAACUAUCACAAGAAUGGGGCAACAUUCCUGUCAUACUUGCUGGGGACCUUAAUAGCAUGCCACAGAGUGCAAUGUAUCAGUUCCUGGCUUCAUCCGAGGUGAGUUUUGGUUCCUCGCCUUCUGUCAAGCCCUUGGACCUCCAACUACAUGACCGAAGAAGAAUAUCUGGGCAAAUAUGUCCAUUAGAGUAUCAAGCAUUCCAUUCUCGAAAUAAUUAUGCCGCCAGGCCACUAAAGAAUAGAUGGAGCAAUGAAGAAUUAAUGCUUGCUACUGGGACUGGAGGAGUAACUCAUCUUCGACACAAUUUAAAACUCUGCAGUGCAUACCUUGGAGUUCAUGGAAGCUGUAGAACUAGAGAUAACUACGGGGAGCCCUUGGCAACGUCUUAUCACUCCAAGUUCAUGGGGACUGUUGAUUACAUAUGGCAUACUCGGGAGCUUGUACCUGUGAGAGUUCUUGAAACCUUACCUGUUGACAUUCUAAGAAAAACAGGUGGACUCCCAAGUAAGAAUUGGGGCAGCGAUCAUCUUGCCCUUGUAUGCGAACUGGCUUUCGUGGAUGACAGCAAUGAGAGAUGAGUCCCAGGUCUCCACCAGUCGUCGGUAUUCAGAGCUCCUAACAGUAUGUGGAAGCAGUUUGUGUAUAUUUAUCAGUGUUUCCUGAACUGGGUCACUCAUGUAUAUUUAAAUCAUAGGGAUAAUAAUAGCAAUAGAAAAUUAGUUUCUUUUUUGUUAAUUAUAGGACAAACAUUCAAGUUGAAAACCUCUAUUUUAUUUCAAUUGGGAGCACAAAUUGUGCUGUUCUUGAAUCUUGAGGCAAGCAUCUAGAUUCUCACUCUAUGAGUUAGAUGUACAUUUCAUAAACUUAACUACGAAAUUCUGUAUGAUAAUUUUUUUUUUAUUAUUAUUAUUAAUUUUUUUU